GGAGGGCGGUGGCAGUUGGUCGCCCCGGAGAAUAGGCGGCGGUCGAGCCGGGGCCGAGGCGCUGAGGAGUGGCUCGGGCCGGGCUCCGUGCGUAGUUCGGUGCGGAGACGGUGCGGGAGCCGCCGGGCGCGACGGCCAGGGCAGCCGGGGUCGGUCUGAGCGGCGCUCGUGCCGCAGGCGCGCGCGGGCCGAGCUGGACUAGCCAUUAUGGAAGAAGAGGUACAGCAGCACUCACACUGUGUGAAUUGUGUCAGUAGAAGGUGUAUGACCAGACCAGAGCCUGGAGUUUCCUGUGACUUGAUUGGUUGUCCAUUGGUUUGCGGAGCAGUUUUCCACUCUUGUAAAGUUGAUGAGCAUCGACUCUUGUGUCCCUUUGAACGAGUACCUUGCUUAAAUAGUAACUUUGGAUGUCCAUUUAUCCUGGCACGAAAUAAAGUUGCUGAACAUCUAGAAAUGUGUCCUGCAAGUGUGGUAUGCUGUACAAUGGAAUGGAACCGAUGGCCUGUUAGUUACUCAGACCGGAAAUCAUAUGAAAAUCUAAGCAGAGAUGUUGAUGAAGUGGCACAGUUAGACAUGGCUUUGGCUCUUCAAGAUCAAAGAAUGCUCUUGGAAUCUCUGAAAGUAUCCACCAUGAUGUCAAAAGCAACUGAUAAAAUUCCUGAGCCUAGAGAACAAAUCUCAGUGAAAUCAAAUGUUCAGGAAAUACCACGUCCUAAUGGCUUGGUACCUGUCGAUGAAGAGUCAUACGGUGCACUUUAUCAAGCUACUGUAGAAACAACCAGAAGUUUGGCAGCUGCUUUAGAUAUCCUGAAUUCUGCCACAAGAGACAUUGGCAUGUUAAAUACAAGUCUUCAUGCUAUCACAAAUGAAAUGGAUGAGGAAGAGAGUAACAGAGAAAGCUUCCAGGACAGAAACUUAAAAGACCAGGACCACCUCCAUGAAGAUGAGAUAGGGGCAGUAGGUGGAAUUGACUAUAAUAGCACAAGUCAGAAUACUCAGGCUGAACAAAAUGGUUCAAGUGAUUUACUCUGCAACUUAAAUAUAAGUUCUUAUGGUACUUCUGCUCUUUGUAAUGGCUUUCCUUUGGAAAGUAUGUGUACACAGGUCAAAGAGCAGGAUCAGAAUUUUCAUGGUUAUUCCAUAGAAAGUAACAUAACAAAUGGAGAAUGUGCAGCAGCAGAUGGUACUUCACAACCUUCUAGUUCACUUUUAAGAGCAGCACAACUUAGGGAAACAAGUCCUUUCAAUGCCUUGCCAGAUAGCACAUUUCAGCAUGUCCUUACGCCAGACGAAGAUGGUGAGGAGGACUUGUGUUGGAAAAAGGUAGACUUAGGGGACCUGAAGGAUGUUGAUGGUUCACCUGUCAGUCAUGUUCCUUCAUUCAAGUUUCUUUCUAAUUCAUGGUAUAUACCAAAGGAAGACAAAGCAGUCGAUACAUCAGAUUUAGAAGUUACAGAAGAUCCCAUGGGCCUCCAAGGAAUAGAUCUGAUUACAGCAGCAUUACUAUUUUGUCUGGGAGAUUCUCCAGGUGGGAGGGGUAUAUCUGAUAGCCGUAUGGUUGAUGUUUAUCACAUUGAUUUUGGGACACAGACUUUUUCACUUCCAUCUGCAAUACUAGCUACAAAUACAAUGGUUGGAGAAAUAGCUUCAGCUUCAGCUUGUGAUCAUGCCAAUCCACAACUUUCAAAUCCAAGCCCUUUUCAGACACUUGGGCUGGAUUUAGUUUUGGAAUGUGUUGCUAGGUACCAGCCUAAGCAGCGUUCAAUGUUUACCUUUGUGUGUGGACAGUUAUUUAGAAGAAAAGAAUUUUCUUCCCAUUUUAAGAACGUGCAUGGUGACAUUCAUGCUGGACUUAAUGGAUGGAUGGAACAGAGGUGUCCUUUAGCUUACUAUGGUUGUCCCUAUUCUCAGCGUAGAUUUUGUCCAUCAACACAAGGAGCAAAGGUUAUACAUGACCGCCAUUUAAGGUCAUUUGGAGUUCAGCCAUGUGUAUCUAUGUUGUUAGAAGAGCCUUCUAGAAACUGUGUGUUGGGAUUACGUAGUGACCAUCUAAGUGGUCUCCCUUUUGAGGUACUGCAACAUAUUGCAGCCUUUCUUGAUGGCUUCAGUUUAUGCCAGCUUGCAUGUGUAUCCAGGCUAAUGAGGGAUGUGUGUGGCAGUCUACUUCAAUCUCGUGGAAUGGUGAUAUUGCAGUGGGGGAAAAAGAAGUAUCCAGAAGGAAAUUCAUCAUGGCAGAUAAAAGAAAAGGUAUGGCGAUUCAGCACUGCCUUUUGUUCUGUUAAUGAAUGGAAGUUUGCUGACAUCCUAAGCAUGGCUGACCACUUGAAGAAAUGCAGUUACAAUGUUAUAGAGAAACGGGAGGAAGCUAUCCCACUGCCCUGUAUGUGCGUGACUCGAGAACUUACUAAAGAAGGACGCUCCCUGCGCUCAGUUUUAAAACCCGUACUUUAAACUGUAACUUUACUUGCAUAUACAUGCAAGCACCUGGUAUGAGUUCUUUGUAAUAUGUAACUUUAUUAAUGUAUUAAAGACUACAACUAGUUAAUUUUUUUGUCGCUAUGUAUAUACUGUUUUGGAGUGACAUAUUUUUGUAAUGUACUAUUAGUUGGAAAAAAGUUGCCUUAAUAUUUGAAAUGUGUGAAAUUUUUGGAACUUCCUAGACAGGGUGAUCUAAUCUUUAUCUGCAUAAUUUUCAAAAUUAGUAUUUUUAAUGGUGUGCACAUUUAAGUUCUGAAAUUUUUGUUUUUCAAACUAAAUGGUCUUGA